CACUUGGUGAGAAGAUGGUGCAUCAGUACUCAUACCUUCUUCCUUGCUUUUGGGGAAGUGUCAACAAUGUUGGAAAAUGUAGUGAACCUAAUGCUGCUGCCUAUUAUUAGAGACAAAGAUCCCCACCAUAUCACCUCGACACAAAAAGUGGGCACUAUCCAAGUUGCUUUGAAGAAAGUGAUGAAGAAAAAUGCAAGUGCUUUUCCUCAGUUAUGGAGGGCUUGGCUGAGCAAGUUUAUCUUCAAAGGUUUUCUAAAUCAUGAAAUCAUGGUUGAGUGUAUCCCAUUGGCCAUAUGCUUGGCUAAAGGCAUGAGAAUUCCAUUGGCUUCAUUGAUGCUAGGUUCCACUCAUAUCAUUGGCUGUGUUACCAAUGGUAAAGCCUUGAAGGAAUAUCCCAGGAGGAAGUGUGGUUAUAUUAAUGGGACUACUUCGUUUGCCUACUCAUGGAUAAGAAAAAGGAAGGUGAAAGAGCAGAUACUUCUUGAAGAUUACAAUUUUCUUGAUGAUCAUGGUAGCUUUAACAUUCAUGCAUAUAAAAUGAUGCCGAGGACAUUUACACCACCUAAAGGGAGCUUCUCUGAUGGGACAUUUGUAGUAGUGCUGGGAAAUCAGAUAGUAGACUUUGUUGUAGUCUUGGACAAUAGAAAAAGCAUGGCACAACCACUUAAGAGUAAGGCACAGAAACCUUUUGCUUUACCAGUAGGCAAGCAAAGUAAAGCUAAAUCACGUACACCUUCCAAGGCAAAAGCCACCAAGGAGAAAGGGAAAAGCGAAGACACCAAUAGUUUUGGCCCUAUCCCCGUUCCUAGCGAUGAUAAAGCUCCAUCUAAGUCUCAAGAGGCCAAGAAAGUAAAAGCCUUGGCGGUGAAAGUAGGGGAAGCUUUGGCAACGCUUGAAAUUCAUCGGAAGAUCUUGGUUGGCAAAGCAAGUGAGCCUCUACUUCUUGAUGACAUACUUAGCUUUGUUAACAAUAUUAUUGAUUGGGGUGACCCCACAUCCUUCACAGUUGACACAACAAGGAAAGGAAUAAGGCUAGCCAAGAGAGGUGCAUGGAUUUCAUAUAGCACCUUCGACGUAGCGAAGAAAUCUGAAAUAGCAAAUGCUCAGCCAAGGAAGGUGGUGUUAAAGCCACAUCCUAUCAGUGAAUUGCCUUUGUUCAGAGUUGGUGAUAUUGAAUUGGUCCCAAGGAAGCCUCCAACUAAAGAAAGUGUUGAGACCACCACUAUUGAGAAAGCUACUAUGAAAAAGGUAAGGAGGCCCGAAGAGACUAGCUCUGAGUCAAGUGAUAGUAGUGAUGAUGAGUAUAUCGAUAGUGAUAAGUCAUCGGAGAGUGAUAAUGGCUUUGAGCAAAGAGGCAAAGAUGAAGGCUUCCAUGGUAGAUUAGACAUAAACAAUGCUACACCUGAGGAGUUUAAGUUGGAUGUAGGCAAUGCUUUGAAAGAGCUUGUUCCUAGCAAAGAUAAAAGCAAAAUUGAUGAGUUGGCCAUGAGUGCAGCAAAGAAGGCUAUUAGUUCUAGCAAAGCCGUGCAUAGUGGUCAAUCACCCUCAAUUCUAGCCAAGUUAAGUGAGGCUAAUGACUUUGUUGUGAAAUUACUCAAAGACUUAAAUGAGAUGAACGAAGAUAGAGAUGUAUUGUUGGCUUUAUUCGAACUAAUUGUGCACAGCAAGGCCAAGAAAGUGAUGAUUAAAGAUGUUUUCAUGAACUUUUGUAUGGCCAUGCAACACAUGGAGGCAUACCUUGGCAAGGACGAAUUCAACAUGGUUGGAGGUGAUAUGGCUAUGAACUUAGAUGAGCAGAUUAAGGAGCAAGCAAAACAUGUUAAAGAGAUGGAGAAGUCAUUGGCCAAGACGAAAAAGCUCAUCCAUAAGUUGGAAGAAGGGUUGAAAUUAGCCAAGGCACAUCUAGAAUCACUCAACUAAGGAAAAGAGAGCAUGGGUUCUACGAGAUUGCUCAGCUUUGCCAGACCUGUGUUGAAAUCGCCAAGACUUAUAGUGAAGAGCCUAGUUUUUACCACCCAUGAGCAGCCUUAUAUCUAGCCUUCUCUCCAUCAUGGAAGACUUUUAUUUUGUUUCUUUUGUAGUGUGAUGAUUGUUGGCGAUAUUGCCACAUUGUAACCCUCUUGCUGUUGUUGUUUUGGGUUGAACAUUUUCAUGUAUAGCAAAGUUUGGACUUCUUUACUUGAACACUUGCUUUCUUCAUGACUUGUGAAUUUCUUGUGUGUUGAGUAUGGACUUGAACAAAUAUAACUAUUUACA